AUGCCACUCAUAGUUUUAACCGGCUACCCCUGCUCGGGCCUCAGCUACCGCGCCCAACAACUUGCAACGCGCCUUGAAGAAAUCCAAUCCCAACUAGUCGCCAACGGCAUAAUCCCUCCUUCGAAAUCGAAAUACAAGAUCCACAUUGUCUCAACGCACGAUAAUGUCAACUACCCGCGGACAGUAUACGACACCGCGCGCACAGAGAAGGAGGCGCGCGGAGUUGCAUAUACAAAGGCUAAACGCAUGUUGGGAAGAGAUAGUUUUGUGAUUCUAGAUGGAAUGAACUAUAUCAAGGGGUACCGAUACCAACUUUGGUGUGAGGCAAAGGCGUUGGGUACAACGUGCUGUGUUGUAUGCUCCCGCUUUUCCCAAUUUCGAUAUGAGGUCCACGUUGGGACGCCGGUUGAUCAAUGUAUUGCGAUCAACGAAGCGCGACUGCGGAAAAAGAACGCCUCCCGACCGGACGGCUCCGCGAAAGAGAGUAGAGACGAGAACCCAAAGCCAGCCACUAACCCUUCAUCCUCACCCGACUCCACCUCAUCCACAGAAAGCAAAGAUGAAAGCGACCCCUACCCUCCGGACCUCCUCAACAACCUCAUCUUCCGCUACGAAGAACCUUCCAUGAACAGUCGUUGGGACAAGCCUCUCUUCACGGUCCCCUACACCGACGCUGAGCCACCAAUCGCCGAAAUCUGGACCGCGCUGACCGGCAUCCCGCACCCAGAAACACAGGAGAAAGAAAACACAAUAUCAGAACUCGCAGCCUCCCUAACCUCAACAACAAUCUCCCCUUCCUCCGCCGCCAGUACAACAACGACAACCCCAGGGGCGUCACGAGGCGGACUCUCCAGUAGACCGCGCGUCGCGAUAAAGCCGCACCAGGCCACCGUCGCCCCCGCAACAGCGGACUCCUCAGCCCUCUACAAUAUGGAAAAACGCACGUCAGCAAUCGUUCAAGCAAUCCGUUCCUUUACGCUCGCCAACCCCUCCGCAAAAGCUGCCCUCGCCUCCUCCAAAACACAACAGGCCUCCGCCCUUGACAACGAAGAUUUCACCCGCCAAGAAGAAGGAAUCUGCAUCCCCGUUCCAGACUCCUCAACGCCGGUAUUCGUACCGGCACACAUCGCCUCGGGCAGCGUUACCGAUGAUCUCGCCGCCGCGGGCGGGAUCCUUGCACUCCCCCGGUUACAGAGGCUACGCAGGCAGUGGAUUUCGCUGAAUCGCGCGUACAUUGCGGGGCCACACGCGGCUGUCAAGGGAGGAGAUAACCCGAAAGUAGACAGGGCAGGCCCAUCGUCAAGAGCACAGAAAGCUCAUGAAGUGCAGAUCAACUGCACCCCGACUGCAUCGCACAAGAAGUAUCAGAAGUAUUUCCACAAAAACCAAUCCAAAAACAAUUAA